ACUUCUUCAGGCCAUGGUCCCUCUCUCACUAAACCCUCUCCCUUAUACCAGUCUCUCUCUCUAGGCCCACGAUCUCUUCUCCCUCCCAUUCUCUCUCUAACCAGGCCACGGCCUAUGCUCUCUAUUAGCCCUCUCUCUCAUACCACAAACUCUCUCUCUCUCUCUAAGCCCACGAUCGCUUCUCCCUCCCAUUCUCUCUCUAACCAAACGCCUCCCUCUCUCUAAGCCCCGGCUCUCUCAUUCUGGGUUUUACUCAGCUAUCUCUCUUACUGUUCCCCAUUAUCUCUCUUUUAAUUUUUACAGGGUUUUGUAUGUUUUUUUGGACAUAUACACACUAAGUUGGCUUGUUCAAUCUCUUUGCACACAAGUGAAUGCUCAUCGUCUUGAAUGGGAAACUUGACUGUUAAAAACUCAUAUUCAUGAUGGGUAACAUAACUUUUAUAUGGAGCUGCAGUCGAUCAAAAUUUAGGGUUUCAUGGGACCUCCCCGUCUCUCUGAACUCCAUAGCCCUUUCUCGAUUCACAAGCUCCUAUCACUUUGUAACUCCUUCAACUCAGUCCGAAUUCACAGAGCCUCUCUCCACUUUGCCAGGCAUUGUUGCACCUGUAAUAGAAGUCCUUGUUCAGAAUCAGGGCCUUGAUGCUCUACGUCUGAAUCAAUGGAGUGUGGACCUUGUUUCUGAGGUACUGAGAGCCAUUCCUAGGUAUUUCUUUCAGAGUGAGAGGUCCCUGGGUUGUCAAAAGGGUUUUAGAAGAAGAGCUCCUUUGAGACAGAGGAAUCUAUACCAAGAAACUGAAGAUUCGAAACUAGGUCUUCGCAUUAGAGGACCUGCAGCUUAUCGAAACCCUAAAAAGGUUGAAGAAGGUGUCAAUAAAGCUUUGGCAUUCUUCUUUUGGCUAGAAUCAGAAGGUGGAUUUCAACAUACUGAGAUCACUUGUAGAGAGAUGGCCUGCACUUUAGCAAAAGGGAACAGUUUGAAGAUAUUGUGGAAAUUUCUCCACGAAAUGCAUCGAAAGGGGGCCGGGCUUGUUAACACUGUAACAGUGACUUGUGUUAUCAAAAUUCUUGGAGAAGAGGGGCUUGUUAAUGAGGCAUUGGGUGCAUUUUAUAGGAUGAAGCAAUUUCACUGCAAGCCUGAUGUAGUAGCUUAUAAUGCCAUCAUAUGUGUGCUUUGUAGGGUGUGCAAUUUCAAAAAAGCUAAGUUUUUGAUGGGUCAAAUGGAAUUGCCUGGAUCUAGGUGCCCACCAGAUACAUUCACUUACACAAUCAUGAUCAAUUUCUACUGUAAAUAUGCAAUGCAAACUGGUUGUAGCAAAGCUAUUAGGAGGCGGCUUUGGGAAGCUAACCAUCUCUUUCGUUUAAUGGUGUUCAAAGGGUUUAAACCAGAUGUCGUGACCUACAAUUGCUUGAUCGAUGGCCUCUGCAAAACAUAUCGGAUAGGUAGGGCACUUGAGCUUCUCAAUGACAUGCUUCAAAAAUGUUCCCCAAAUAAAAUUACUUACAACUCAUUCAUUAGGUUUUACAGUGCAGUCAAUGAUAUUGAUAAGUCCAUUAAGAUGCUUCGUGAUAUGAUUUCAAGGGAUCAUGGUGUACCCACAUCGAGUUCAUAUACCCCAAUUAUUCAUGCGUUAUGUGAAGGAGGAAGGGUUCUUGAAGCUCGUGAUUUUCUUGUUGAAAUGGUUGAGAGAGGAUCUAUUCCUAGAGCUUAUACGUACAAGUUGGUAAGGGAUGCACUUCUCUUGGCUAGUGAAGAUGCUUUCAUGCCUAGUGAACUCUGUAUGAGGAUUGAAGAAGGGAUUCGUAAAAGAUACGAAUAUGUGAAAAAGGUGAAACCUGUUAUGGUUACUUAAGUGGAAAUUCUGUUGAGAGAGGGACAAUCCAUUAAUGGUGGUAUUAUUUAAGGAUAUAACCUGUGCUGGAUGAGAUGAGAGAUGCACCAUCAUAGUUCAUGGCUGAAUAGUCGUGCAUUUUCCAGUUGCAAGAAUUUAUGUGAUAUACAUCCAACAAUAAGAUGGAAUUUAAUUGCCUUAAUAGCUCAUGGCCAGACAAGAAUGCGAGACUUCGGCAUUGAGAAUGAGUUAUAAGGGCUUCAUUAAACUAUAUGGCUGAGGAAGCUAGACUAUUUGGGUAGACUCAGUAGGAGUGCAAGUUGAAGGCUUGGAUCAGGCUCGUGCAAGCAUAUUAGGCAUGAUCACAUGAUGCCGUUGACCUUUUAAGUCAAAUUCUCUCCAGAGAUUUGGUCCUUUGAUCCCCUGUUCACGCCCCUUUGGGUACAUUUCUUGGGGGGCACUUUUUGAGGUCAUCUUUCUAUUAGUCCAUCUCGGUCAAACCUCCCACGGCUACUCCUGAUUUGUUAAGUUCAAUUGACAUCUUUUUGUGUAGUAUGUAUCAGUGUUAUCAGGUUUGCUUUAGAGACAUCAUGUUUCUGCCCGAGAAAUAGAAGUGCCUUGGCCAAUUUGGGGGAGAUCUUUAUUUUUUUUUUAUAAAAACAAAAAAAUAAUAUAAAAUGUAUAUGAAAACAUUUUGACUAUGUCACAACUUUUUGGAUAGUUUUCAAUAAAUUGCUGUUGAUGGUUGGUUUGGGGGCUGAAGCUCAGCACUUAUGAUAAUACUGGUUUGUGUUGUGGAUUAUUUAUUUGCUAGUGGUGCCAACUGUCUACUCGGUCUUCUUAAAUUUGAUUGUUUGCUAUUGUGAUAGGGAUUGUUCUAUUUAUAUUUGAAUAUGCAGUUAUUUAUACUUGCAUUCCGAUUCGUUUGUUGGUAUGGCAAUCAUUCUGUUUGGGACCUCUGGUUGAAUGGUUGAAUAUCUUGUUAUUUCUAGAUUGUUAUUUAUUGCAUCCCAUUGAGAUAUGGGAUUCUUCUUUUUUUUGUUGCUCGAUGUAUUACUUCUCCCCAUUAUGCAAGGCUCUUCAUGUUGUGGUAUGCUGGGCUCUCCGUAUUGUUGAAUGAAUAAUGCUAGCUACAUCUCCAUGCUUUUUGUUGUCAAAGGAUUUCUGUUAUUAGGUAAUUAUGAAGAUUUGGGACUCGGAUCUGUCGGGCCUGAACAUGUUACUACAACAGGACAACCCUGGAUUGCUACACAGGGUGUUGGCCAAUGCAAAUGCCUCUAGAACUUGGAAAGCAAUUGUUUCAUCUUGUCUGAUGUCUACUAUUUGGUUCAGGACCAAAUCCAGGAGAAGUUAUAGCUGUGGAGAGGACCUUUGCCUUCGUCCUACGAGUCAUUGUUGCCCAGUCUUAUGAAGUCAUAGGAGAUCAAUUGAUCUUGGUCCCUAGGUACAAGACAGACCUUACACAUUGCGAGAUACCUUAACUAGCAUCUUUGCUGGACCUUCUAAGGGCGCAGUUCAUGCGAUCGGGGAGAGACAGAAUGAUGAGCCCUCCGGUUCUCUCACCAUGGCCUUCUACCAUAUCAUCAACCUAGGUCCUUACACCACGAUCAUAUCUUAUAUACAUCACCUCGGGUCUUCUAUUGUAAAUAGACAAGGCCUGCUUCUGCUGUAGAAGAGCUUGUCGAGAAUAGUCAUGAUGCUGAUUGCACUUCAAUCAGUGUAGCUAUAAAGGAUGGAGGUCUCAGACUCAUCCAGGUCUCUCAUAAUGGCCGUGGAAUUAGAGUAAGUCUUAAAUGUCUGAAACUGUAUGCCAUUUUUGAGUCUUACACUUGAAAUUUUGCUGAAAAUUGGUUCUAUUGUAAUUCCAUUUAUGAAGUGUUGAAACUCACAAAAUUCAGAGGAGUGGUGAAUUGUUUGGAAAUUUGGCA